AUGGCGCUGUGGUGGUACGCCAACAUCCUCUGCAGGUUGGCUGCAGCGUGGUUUCCCCUGCUCCUCUCAUCACUGCUUUGGCAAACGAUCACUCCCAUACAUGCCAACCCGUCAUGCCCACGGAGCUGUAGCUGUCCAGGUGUUAAAGAGGUCCACUGUACGUUCAGGCACCUCACCACCUUACCAAAAACAUUUCCUAAAGACACAGAGAGGCUCAACCUGGGUUAUAACAGCCUGACGGAGGUGGAGGGGUCAGAAUUCAGGUCACUACGGCAACUGGAAAUGCUCAUGUUGCAUGGCAAUGACAUUAACACAGUCCACCCUGGGGCAUUUUACAGCCUGAGAUCACUACAGAUCCUGAAGUUGAGUUACAACAAGCUCACAUCGGUGAACCCUGGUCUGUUUGAAGGCCUUGUAGGUUUGAUCAGACUCCAUCUGGACCACAACCUUAUUGACUUUAUAGAGCCAUACUCCUUCUCAGGACUGACCUCCCUAAAACUCCUGCAGCUGGAGGGGAACCUCCUGAAAGAGAUCCACCCUCACACCUUCAUAACAGUGUCACUACUGGGAAGCUUUUGGACCUCUGGCCUCAAACACUUACACCUGUCAGACAAUCUGUUGGAGCAGCUCCCUGUCGCAGCACUGAAGACAGCUCCCAGGCUUGAGCUCCUCUCUCUACAUGGUAAUCCCUGGACUUGUGACUGUCAACUUCAUGGGUUGGUAGAAUGGAGCUCCACGCAUGAAGGCAUUAUAAAGUGCAAGAAGGAACGUGGCAGCAGUGAGGUUUGCCCCCAGUGCUCCUCUCCUCAACCCCUGAAUGGGACCCUUUUGCUUGGAUUGACUUCAGACAAGCUUACUUGUGAACGGCCAGCUCUCCGGUCCCCGCUCAAGCAGUGGGACAAUCCUGUGUGGGCUGAAUCUGAAGCAGAGCCUGACCUCCCGUACACCCGUGACUUUGAAAAGCCUUUAGGCCAUCUCACGUUUGUUCUUUCAGACAGUCACGGAAACAAUGCUCAUCUGGCAUGUGACGUGCGACACCCUGGAGAGAGUUCCCCCAUGUCUUGGACAGUAAAUCCACUUUCUCCUGGGGAGCUGUCUGUCAAUGUAUCACUAGUGACUGUCCUUGAGUGUGAGAUUGAUCGGGAGACACUGCAAAAUCUGUGGCAGCUGGUUGCAUAUUAUUAUGAAAGCCCAGCUAUCUUGGAGAGAGGUCAACAGAAAGGAAAUGACAGCAGGGUAACCUAUCAAUAUUCCCAAGCUGUAAAUGAAAAUUCGCCAUAUUUCACUGAUUUAAAGGGGUAUUUGGCUGCAGAACCCUCUUGGCUGCUUCAACCAAGAGUUACUUUGAAACUCAACAGACAGCAGACAACAACCAAGAAACUAGUUAUGGAUUUCACAACGGUAAUCUCUAAGCACUUCAAAAGCUACAUACAUGAAGAUGAUAAUGACCUCCCCAUGUCCUGGGCUUUCAUUCGCAGAGGGACGUCAGGCCGGGUUCUAACAGUGCUCGAUGGUUCAAAGGUUCACUUGGAGUGCAGUGUUGUUGCUUCAGAUCCAGAGGUGAAAGUCGAGUGGAUGCUUCCAGAUUUAUCUAUUGUGGAAGAUGCAACUGAUAAAGUUGAAAUUACUGCAGAAGGAAAACUUGUUAUUUUGAAUGCCACACUAUCUGACUCAGGUCUUUAUCACUGUUUGGUCAGAACCAAAGCCGGGGUAGAUCUAUUGCCUUUGAGACUCACCAUAAAAGAACGCUCACUCAGCCCAACUGCUUUCAAUGGUAAGAAAAUUGUAGUUGAAAAGGGACGUUCUUUCUCUCUCCCAUGUGAGGUGACAUCUGUUCAGCCAAUUCAAACAAUGUGGUACCUACCCAAAAACCAAGUUCUUCUUCCUACACAACAGACAAGACGAGCAGAGGUGAUGGAAAAUGGGACUUUGGUGGUUAGGAGGCUGACUCAAGAAGAUGCAGGAGAAUACAGCUGCUUGACCUCGAAUCUUUAUGGAGUUGACAUGCUGUCACACAUAGUGGAAGUCACAGAAAACAAGGCCACUAGUGCGUCCAAACUACAGACUGGGAGAGAGCAGCAGAUCUUGCCAGUGGGUAUAGAGGAAGAAGAGGGUUCAGGGGGAGAUUACCAGGAAAUUAUACGUCCUUUUGCAACACAGUUUCCCAAAAAGGUAGGAACACAGCAAAGGAAUCCUAACACGUUAUCAAAGAGGAUCAGAAUUAAAGAUUCAAAGAGAAAACCAAAUAAAUCAGUUAAAGAAUUAGAUCCGAAUCGUUGGGCAGAGAUAUUGGCUAAAGCUAAUGCGAAAACAAGUGUUGCUCCGCCCACAGAGCAGUCACAACCAGAACCCAGCACUGUAAUUGUCAAAAGUACAUCCAAGCCUACUACUACAGUUGCCACCACAAUUACUGCUACUCCUAGCAGUUCACCUCCUAGUACUACUAUUACCACUAUUGAUAUUAUGAUGGAGCCAACAAAUUUCCCCAUCAACACUUAUUCUACAGAUAAGAAUUCAAAUAACGAAGAAGAUGAAACAGCAGAAGAUCUGCCACAGGUUUUACCACCUCCUCCUCCCAGAACUACAGAACCAACCCCACACCGUGUUGGUGGGAUUGCAGAAAAAGCAGAAGCUGUCAUAGACCCUCCUGCUGUUGGAACUCCUCAGCGAGUUGAUCAUAGAGAAAAUAAACACUCUGCAGAGGGUAGAAGGAAUAACAACCUAGUUCCUGGUCAGUCAAACAGACGAAGGCCACCUUACAGGCGAAGAAGACCACCGAUGAGAAGAGUCCGUCCGCAUGUAAACCCAUUUUUUCAUCCAUCAAACAAGCUGCAAACAACUGUUUCCCCAACAACAACCACCACACCAACAACAACGAUCACAACUACAUCUACUACCACCACUACUACCACUACCACUACAACUACAACUACUACGACACCUGUUCCAACUACAGUAGACCUUGAAACCUUAUCUGCUGAUUAUCAGACAAAGGAAGAUGAAGGGGAAUACAGUGAUGAAUAUGAUUACAAGGAUAGUGAUAGUUUGGAUGGCAAGGAAGAUGUAAAUAGUGAAACCUCUCAUACUACUAAUAAUCUUGACAGUAGCCUUCCUGAGAUCCCAUCAGCUAGAGAAAAUGAUCCCCAUGCAGGUAGUUCUCUGGAUAGAAAAACAUUACCAGAUCCAAACACUGUUGUCACUCCAAAGCUAGAUAGUACCCCUCAUCCAACCAAAAAGACUGUUGAAGACAGUGAAAAUAUAUACCUAAAGGAAUUUGAGGGACAAAGGGUCGAGAUCAAAACGCAAACUGAAGGAAAGGGCAGAGAUGGAAAUAAUCUUGCAGGAGAGAGUGAUAAGGAACUUUUAACAGUGAGGACAGGGCAAGAAAAACACAAAAUAGAGGGCAAUGAGAAAGAUACAGAAAAGUCUAAAAAGGAGUGGGUUACACAGAGCAGUAACACUUGGGAUAGUGUCCGAUUAACGACAGAAAGUAGACCAAAACCCAACACCCGACCUUCUCUAGAACAAAGUUCUCCAACCCAAGCAAGAACUUCAUCCUCCAAGGUCAAUACCUCAACUUCAACAAGAGGAAGAACAAAAGAAGAAGUUACAAAGAAAGGAGAUAAAGAGGUCAACAAGCCAAAGGCAGCACCUGAAAUCCACAGUUUCCCAGUAAUGGAACCAAUUCACCCCUGGCUUCAUCCCAACAAACAGGGAGGAUGGCAGACUACUACUUCCCGGAUGAUACACACAAACCAAAACAGAAAUACUGGAAGACAAGGUGAAGUGAAUCCGGGCAAGCAUUCCCAGCUUCCCAGAGUCCCCCCCACCUCCCGCUGGCCUUCACACCAUCAGCAGCAGCAUUACUUCCCCCAGUACCCCUACUGGCCAGGUCAAAGGGUGUUUCCUCCACCAAGGCAAGGUCCUGGGUCAUACCCUGUGCCCACGCAUCGACCUUGGCCUUUCAAUCACCCCUGGGCUCAGAACUCGGCUAUCACCAACAGACCAGAGAUCACAGCUGAAACAGUGAAGCCCACACCUACAGCUUCUCGAACAACAGGAAACUCCCGAUUUACACUCUCUAAGCCCAACCUGUCUCAUCACAAUCAGAAUCACCAUGUGGAUGGCGGAAACCAAGCCAGAGAUCAACUGUUUCUAUCAAGGCUAAGGAACAGAUACAGACAAGCGCAGCUUGAUCGCAUCGCACAGCUAGGGAGGAUAGUGACACCCAAACCUCGCACUAGCUACCACAAUCCUCCAUUCCUCAUCACACCAAAACCCAACCCAUCUCCACAUAGACCAUACGCCUUUAAACCACCAGCUCCCACUGCUUCUUAUGCUUACACCCUGCAACCUCAGAAACCUGGUAAGCCUUCGUCAUCAUCAUUCUCUGGUUUCAUCCCGACCCCUCGUCCUCACCACCACACCACCCCUGGGGUUCUAUAUGGAGGUCGUUGGCCUGUUGGGGCAGGACGAAUCAGCUCUCGGCGGCCCACAGCUGCACCUCCUUUCCCAUGGGUGUUGGGAGCUGAAAGUGGCGGUGUGAAACCCCAUAUUAUCACAGUUAUCACAGCUAGUGUGUCAGUAUUGGCAGAAAGUGAUGUGUUCUUGCACUGCAAAGCCACAGGAAAUCCUGAACCCAGCAUCGCGUGGACCAAAGUCUCAACAGGUGCCACCAUCCCAGCCAACACCAAGCUUGGUCCCCGUUUUGAAGUCUUUAAAAAUGGAACUUUUGUCAUUAAAAACAUCCAGCUUCAGGAUAGAGGCCAGUACCUCUGCACAGCUCAGAAUAAGUUUGGAUCAGAUCGCACAGUCAUUACCUUAGCUGUCCAGACUGAGGCGCCCAAGAUUCAGCCACCUAAGUCUACAGAUAGAGCUGUCUACUUGGGGAAAAGUGUGACUCUUGACUGCUUGGCUUUGGGGAAACCACCUGCCCAAAUUUCCUGGAUUCUUCCGGACAGGUCGUUUGUACGUGAAGUUGGGACUGUUCACACUCUCCUUUCUCCAGUGUCUUUGCUUCACAAUGGAACUCUGCAAAUUCACACUCCCAACUUCUCCAGCAAAGGGGACUAUAAAUGUAUUGCCAGCAAUGCAGCAGGUGCUGAUACAAUUACUUACCAGCUCCAUGUGGCAGCUCUCCCUCCAAGCAUCAGUGAGGGGGCGAUGGAUACUGUGAUCAUUCAGCCAGGGAGGAGUGUGUAUGUCCACUGCUCUGUGAAGGGUGAACCAGUGCCCACUCUGAAGUGGACACUCCCAGGAGGCGUCCAUGUAAAGCCAUCACAGUUUCUUGGACGCAGACUUUUUGUCUUUCCCAAUGGGACACUGUAUGUGAAGAAUGUUUCACCACCUGAUGCUGGGAGGUACGAGUGCUUGGCCACAAAUACUGUGGGCAUCGCCAAAAGAACCAUUGUGCUGGAGGUGAAGGCAGAUCCCACCUCCUUCUCACGCCUGCCUCCUGUUCCUCUUCCUAUUCCCCCAACCCAUCGCCAUGGUGUGCCAUCCCGCCACCACUCUAUCUCAGCUAUGUACGGUUCUGCUGUCUACCUCCACUGUCCUGAGUCUACCGGAUCCAAAAGAGGAACCAUUUGGCAGUUGCCCUCCAAAACCAUCAUAGAACAUCAAUACAGUCCUGAGAGACCAAUUAAAGUCUUCCGUAAUGGGACUCUGAGGAUACUUCAGCUAACAGAGCUGGAUGGUGGAAAUUAUCUGUGUGUCUUUCAGCGGCCCAAUGGGGAGGACAUGGAGCUCUUCCAGGUAGAUGUUGUAAUGACUCCACCGAGAAUAAAACAAGUGAGGACUCCACAGACAAGGGUCAUCUUUGGAGAGAACUUCCAGGUGGACUGUGUUGCGACAGGCCUCCCAGAUCCAGAAGUUUCCUGGAGUCUCCCUGAUGGAACUUUGAUCAACAAUGCCCUGCAAUCAGAUGACAGCGGCCUUCGCAACCGCCGCUAUGUUAUUUUUGGCAAUGGAACUUUACUUCUCCAGCAAAUGGGCAAAAAAGAUGAGGGUGACUACACUUGUUAUGCCAAGAACAAACUAGGCAAGGAUGAAAAAAAAGUGAGCGUCAAAGUGGGACCUAAUGCUCCAAAAAUAGGGUUAAAAUCACAAUCACUGGUGACAGUAAAGUUAGGAGAAUCAGCUAAACUGAGCUGUCAGGCAACAGGUGAACCUGCACCAAAAAUCAUAUGGGUCUCACCAAGAAAUGAUGUGAUAUCAGUAUCAUCAGACAGGUUUCAGAUCAUGAGUGAUGGGAUGUUAGUCCUGAAGAAAGUGAGAAUUACUGACGAAGGGAAAUAUACAUGUGUUGCACGAAAUUCUGCUGGUGAUGAUGUUAAAAACAUGAAACUUGAAGUUGAAUCACAGGAGCCGUUUAUCAAUGGUAUGAAAGGGAAGAGCACCACAAAGGUUUUGGCUGUUUCCUACCAAACAGCGCUCCUGCAUUGCAGUGUGGAAGGAAAACCUGAACCAAGAGUCUGGUGGGUUACUCCGUAUGGCCAGACACUUCCAAUGCCCUAUCUGGGUGGUCGCUUCCAAGUCCACCAGAAUGGUAGCUUGGAGCUGAGAGGCGUGAGGAAAACAGAUGAAGGGAGGUACAUGUGUAUGGCUAAGAACAAUCUGGGUGAAGCCUCACUUUUGGUUGAAUUAGAGGUGGCAUCACUGGCCGAGAAGCCAAGUUUUGCUGUUCCCAAUAUUGAAAUCCUACCAAUAAGGCAAGAUGGUGGGCUAUUAAGCCUGGAGUGCCCCGCUCGUGGCAAACCCAACCCAGAGUUUGCAUGGAUUCUACCAAAUGGGACGAUGUUGACACCUGGUGUUAGACUCCAACGCUUCGUACAUCAUCUAGGUAAUGGAACUCUACAGAUCUUUCAACCGGUUGCAAGUGAUAAGGGAGUGUACCGGUGUCUCGCUAGAAACGUGGCAGGACAAGCAGAAAAACGUUAUGCACUGGAGGCUGGCAGAAAGCCGGUGAUCAGAGGAUCUACAGGUGGGAUGAAGAUCACUUACGGCCUCAAUCUCAACUUGCCCUGCACUGUGGAUGGCUGGCCCCAGGCAUCGAUCACAUGGACCCUGCCUAAUGGGCUUGUUUUGGACAAACCUCAACACAUUGGCCGGGUAUCUUUUCUCGCCAAUGGGACCCUCCAACUCAGGCAUGUCGCCACCUUUGACAAAGGGACCUACAUCUGUAAAGCCUCCAACUCUUUUGGCUUAUCAACACUUUCCUACCCAGUUUCAGUGAUGGUUUUCCCACCACGCAUCACCAGUACGCUGGCUUCAAUCACUAGAGUCAGCCGAGGAUCACCAGUGACAUUACAUUGUGUGGCAACUGGUAUUCCCAAACCGGAUAUUUCAUGGACCUUGCCUGGACGCACAACGCUGGUUCCACAUAGCCGGUUCACAGUGCAGGGAGGGAUUCACAUGACUGAAGAAGGAAGUCUGGUCAUCCAGAACCCUGUACUAAUGAACUCUGGCAUUUAUAAAUGCAAUGCUAAAAAUGCACUUGGAACAGACUUUAAAUCUACUUACCUACAAGUGGUCUGAGUGACAGUUGUUACAUUGGGAAAGAAUCUCACAGUGGAAUUUAGACUGAAUGUUUUGUUUUGUUUUGUUUUGUUUGUUUGUUUUUUUUUACCAGGAUUUGAAAAUAUCUCAUAAAAAAGAAACUCUGCAGAGACGUACAACUGCCUGACUAUUGGGUUGAGACCUUGCAAAGCAGUUUCCCCUGAACAAUGAAGUUUCAGAUGUUGACUACAUAGUCAACACUCACCUUUUGCUAUUUGUAACUGUUGUAUUUUGUUAAUGUUGCAACUGUAGCAACAGAGUUUUAUUUCUACAUUGUGAACAUAAACAUCUUAAAAUGUCUGCUCAAAUGUUUGAUUCUUCGACCAAUUCAUGUAAAUUCACAUUCCCCAUACAACAUAAACUAAUUAUGUAAUUGUGUAGUAAGAGCUUAGUGGUGAAACUUAGUGAUGUUUAAAACCUGUGAAUGCAGUGUAGUCUGUUUAUAGCCUUUUACUUCUAGAGAUUUAAUUUAUACUUCGGAAAUCAUAAAAGAGGUGUUCAUCUGUGGAGAUGAUCUUGAUGAACAAAACGUGUGAGUAUCCCAAGAAUCCCAUCAUUUUUUGUUGAGGGAACCAGAGUGAUGCUACAAGCCCACAAAAGUACAUCAUUGCUACACCACAUUAUCGAGCCUAUUGCUGCUUUACGGUGUGAAGCAAAUGAAUUAAUGUAUGUAGGCUGUCAGUGUCAUUUAAUCAUGUCCAUCACUGGGGGAACAUAAUGGCGCAUAAUAGCUAUGUUGUUAGUUUACAGUAGCUAGCAGUUGAGGAGCAAUAAUACAGAGCAAAACAAAAAUAUAUAUGUACCAGUCUAUGGCACUUUAUUUACACACUCUUCUUCACGUUUUUUUUUAAUCCAUGGAUACAAUUUAUUGAUUUCUACAUCCAUAUUCCUCUUACAGCUCAAAUGCCAGCUGCUGUAUGUUCAGUUUAUCAGGUGGCAGCCAUGACCAUUUUUGCCAAAGUCA